GGGGGAGGGAGGCAGGCAGGCGGGCUGCCGCGCAUGCCUGCCGCCGCCGUGCCCCCCGCCCGGGCCAGCCUGGCCCUCCGCCCGGGCCCUGCCGCGGCCGGGAAGCUGCUGCGCCCCCGCGCAGGGAUGCGCGCUGCCCCCGGCCGCAGCGGAGAGCAAGGCGCCGCCGGUCGCCGCCCCCCAGCCCCGGGCUGAGCCGCUCCCCGCCGAGCCCCGCCGCUCCCACCUGCUGCUCCGCCGCCCCGGCACCUCCCUGCGCGGAGCCGAGGAGGAGGAGGAGGAGGGGGAGGAAGCAGCGCCCGCCGGCAGCCGCGGCGGGGAAGCGGAGCUGUCCGGGGCCGCGGCCCUGUCCGUGGUGCUGCCGCCCGCGCCGGUGGGAGCCCAGCCUAGCCCAGCCCAGCCCAGCCCAGCCUUCGCGUGGAUUCCCGCGCCGCGGGGGAACGGAGCCCUCCGAUCGCGCUCAUCCCGCAGCUGCCGCCCACCCGCGGCUCCCUUCUCGCCGGCAGAUCCGAACCGACGGGCGCUCAGCAGCCGGCAGCCCCGAAGCAUCCUGUUGCGCUGGGUCUGCAGCGAGGAGCGGAGAAGCAGCGUCUUCCGAAAGAGCCUUUGCCCAGGUUGAGAUUUGCUCCUGGCUCGGAACAAUGGCUGCACUGCCAAGGCUGGUUUGCGUGUCUUCGGUCGUGUUGGUGGUCUGGGCUGGUUUUUGUUCUGCAGUAUGUGUUGAAGUUCCAUCAGAGACAGAGGCUGUCCAAGGAACGCACAUGAAGCUACUCUGCAUCUCCUGCAUGAAGAGGGAAGAGGUCACAGCCAGCACGGUGGUGGAAUGGUUCUACAGGCCGGAGGGUGGAAAAGAUGAACCUAUCUACGAGUACAGGAAAACGAACCAUGAAUUUCCAAGCCGCUUCAGUGGUCGGUUACAGUGGAACGGGAGUAAAGACAUGCAGGAUGUGUCCAUCACUGUGUUAAAUGUGACCUUGAACGAUUCGGGUAUCUACACGUGUAACAUCACCCGGGAGUUUGAGUUCGAGAUUCACCGACCUCUCUUCACAAGCUCCAGAUUGAUCCACCUCACCGUGGUGGAGGAGGCUGGAGAAGACUUCACCUCGGUCAUCUCUGAAAUUAUGAUGUAUAUUCUGCUGGUCUUCCUCACCUUGUGGCUACUGAUAGAAAUGGUCUAUUGCUACAGGAAAGUCUCUAAGGCAGAGGAGGCUGCCCAGGAAAAUGCGACAGACUAUCUUGCGAUUCCAUCAGAGAACAAGGAAAACUGUGCCGUGCCUGUGGAGGAAUAGCAGAGAGGCGUCAAUGGAAUGAAUGCCACCAAGGGGCUCUGAAGACACAAGGACUGCGUCGUGCCAGCCAGGUUUGAGGGGGAGCUCUGCGGCAUCGGGAGGAAAUAACGGGGAAGUGUAAAUUCUCUUCCAUUUGCCUUGGACUCUGUACAGCCUUGACUUUGGCCUCGUGACUCCAUUCUGAGCUGCCAGCCCAUUUUCCAAAGGACUCUUCUUUUGAAGCAUGCUAAACAAAAGGCAGAGGGGUGUGGGCAGCAUGACGCCUUCCCAAGUUUCAGUCCCAUCAUCACGUUAAUAUCUUUGUAAAAGUUAAGUGUCAUUUCUUAGCUGCUGUGACCACCACCUUUAUUUGCUAAAUAUGCUAGAUCUCCAUUGCAGAGGUAAAGGGUAUGUAUGUCACGUUACGCUGACCUGCCGGACUGGGAACGAGGACAUCUUUGGGUGAUGUUCACCGUAUGUUACCGCCUAAGCUGUGUUAAAUAGAAAGAACUUAUUUAAUUAGUUGCUGCCUGGUAAGUCACUCUGGACUUUGGGCUACCCGUGUGCAGGCGGAGUAGGAUGAGGGCUAUGAUGUAUUAGAAUUGUUGAAAAUGUGUAGUAGGAAGGAUGAGUGCCUGUGCCAUGUUCACACUUGCUUCUGAAGGAGGGAACUGAGCACAUAGAUCCUGAAGCACUCCUACUUUGGGAGGCAAUAUGACGUAAGUAUAAGAAUCCCCUGUACCCCUUCCUUUCAUUUAGCAAGUGUCAAAAUUCUUAGUUCCUUCCAUCUGCCUUGCAUAGCAGGUUUACUCCUCAAGUAUGCAGAGACACAGAGAUAGGAAUAACCUGCGGAGCCGUGUUCUGCAACAACAGGCAAGCCAGUAGGACAAGGUAUGCCGUUCUCCUGUUCCUGGGGAAAGCCCUGAAAGGAAGGCAGCCUGAUGCAAGCAGGCAAGCAAAGUAAAUCGGAUGUACAGCCCUCACAGGAAAAGGACGGACAGCUUUGUAAAAUGGUAGUAGUUUUUGCGGCUGUGAUAUCGGUCUUCUCAUGCUAUAGUGUAGCACCACCUAGAGGAAUAGAUGGAAAAUGCUUAUUUUUUCCUAGUUAAUCGUAAUUUGAAUAGCCAGCAUUCAUCAUAAAUGAUCCACUGCUGCACAGGAAUCGCGCUGUAAAGUCAAUGUUUCCUAUGCAAACUUAGCUUUUCAAUCAUAGUGGGUUAAGCAGGGUAAAAUUUGUUUUCUGGCCUCAAAUGUGGAUCAGUUGAGCUCGACAACUAGGAUUACGAGGAGGAGAAAAAAGGCAGGAACAUUGGCCGGGGUGUAAUUGUACCUGACGACAAAACGGGGGAAGGUUUGUUUUUUGCCUGUAGCAGAUGUUGUUACAUCCCUGCUGCAAUGGAGCAUAUACUGCUUGCAAGAGUUGGCAAAUUUUGCUACGCUGACCGCUUCUAAAUAGUUACACAGUGCUUGUGAAUCAAAGCAUGCUCCCCACCUACGGAAUUUCCUAUGCUUUGUUCUGCUGCUUUCUAUGUGUUGCUAAAUAUCACAGAAAUUACUCCAUGGCCAGAUUUCUAACUGGCAGUUGUUCAAAAUUCCUGUUUUUUAGAGUGGGUGUCAACGUCAGUAAAAAUACUACUUCACAGUAGGGAUCGCGCUCAAGCCCAGAGCAGAGUCUGGCAACCUGAGCGCAUUUUCCAGAGGAAGCACGCUUGCAGUCUGGGCACCGGUUCCUUAAGACCUAAUAGCCAAAAGGGGAGAAAGCAGCUGCUCUCCUAAUUCAGCUGGAUAUUUUCAUUUUCCCUAGGCCAACUUGCCUGGCCACAGGGCAAUUUUCGGCGUAAUCCUAACUCUAAACCCACAGCAAAAUAGGAGGGACUAGAGUGUGACUCCACAGAGUUUCCAUCACUGAUGCCCAUGGUGAUUUUUAGGUAAGGUCAUGUAACCUCUCUCCCACUUCAACUCUGCGCCUCAGUCCCUGUGAAGCAUUGAUAACUCUCUGGUGUCACAAAGUUAAGUGAAAAAAGGAGUGAGCCGAGAAAUUCUUGAAAGCUACCUCAGGUGGUAAAGAAGGGCCGUCCUCUAGUCCUGCACCUUCCGGUAUCUUACGUGCAUCUUUUUUAGAUGCAUUUUUUGGGACAAAUCUUUCACUUUUCCGGUUCCUGCAGAAAGGUAUGACUACUGCCCUGUGUUGUUCUAGGCAGGAGAAAAUGGUGUGUAAAUUUUGCUCAAGAUUCUCACAAGAACAAAACAAACUAACUAAAAAAUUAGGGAUUUUUUUUCAAGGGUCGUGUUAAAGGCAGGUUGUGUCCUGGAAGAGAUGGUCCUGGAUUGCCUCUGAAAAGACUCUCUCUGUAUUUGGAAAUGACAGAAGAGACUUUAGAAUAGGCAGGAUAAUAAACACAACAAAGCACUCACGA